GGGCUGUGACACCGUGGGGCUGUGCUGUCCUGGGGCUCACUGUAAGGCAGCACAGCCUGGGCUGGUACCGGUGCAGGUGCCGGCGCGGUUGCCGGUGCUGGUGUCGGUGCAGGUGCAGGGGCAGCAGCAGGUGCCGGUGGGAGCACGGAGCAGGUGCCGGUGCCAGUGCGGGGUGCGGGCUGUCGCCCCCCCGGGCGGCGCGGGGCGGGCGGUGGGCCGGCGCCGCCCCUCCCCCGCGGGAUGGCUGCGGGGCCCCGGGGGUUUCCCCGGUAACGGCGGCGAUCGGCUCCCGGAGGGUUAACGGGGGCGGCGGUGUGUCCGGGGUCAGAGCAGCCGAGCCGGGCCGGUGCCGGUGCCAGGGUCUCCGCCCGGUGCCCCCCGCGCUCCCCCCGCGCCGCGGGCGCGGCGCACAAAGGCGGCGGGGCCGGGGCGGCGGUAACGGGGACCGAGUCUCCCCCCGCUGCCUCCGCCCCGCUCCCCCGCACAGGCCGGGCCCCCCCGGAACGGUAACGGCGGCGGCGGCGCCCCCGGGCCGGCCCCAUGGACGCCCGAAGUCGCCGAGGGGCCGGGAUUUGAGGCGGGGGCCCGGCGCCCGCGCCAUGGGGAACUCGGUGAGUCGGCCCAGCUGCCUGGGCGAGAAGAGCCGGCGGCCGGAGGAGCUCCUGCGGGAGCCAGGGCUGGACGCGGGGCAGCCAUCCGCCGGAGGCGGCACGGAGGCCUGGCCGGGGCUGCUGGAGAAGGCGCCGGUGCCGGUGGAGAAUGGCUGGAGCCCGGUGCCCGGUGCCAGCCGGAGCCGACCGGGCAGCCCGGUGCUGAGGCGCAGCCAGUCCGAGGUGGCGGUGCAGAACGGGGGCGCGGCUGGAGUUGCGGUGAGGGGGCAGAUGGGGGGCGCAGCCUGGACCCCCCCCCGAGCCAGCGUUCCCCGCAGCACCUGGUCCUGGAAACCCGUCACCACCCGGGAGGUGACAGAGGUGACGGAGGUGACCGAGACCAUCGUGACGGAGAUCGUGGAGGUGACCGAGUACCCGGCGGGUGAGAAGGGUGGCGAGCCCGUGGUCACCCGGACGGUCACCGUGCUGACGGAGUGCGUGGGGGAGCUCACUGCUGCUGCCUGCGCCGGACACACGGAUGGCGCUGAGGUGUCCCCACGGGCUGUCCCCGUCCCGGAGGAGGCAGCGGAGCGGGGCCAGGAGACGCUGGAGCGGCUGCUGGCCUGGGUGGCCGACAUGGAGGAGCUGGUGAGCAACCAGAAGCCGCCGUCGGCGGAGGCGAAGGUGGUGAAGGCGCAGCUGGAGGAGCAGAAGCUCCUGAAGCGCCUGCUGGAGGAACGGAGGCCACGCGUGGAGCUCGUCCUGCAGGACAGACUGACGGCACAGGGCUCUGGCACCGCCGCGCCCGAGGGCAGCGCCGGCCUCCUCAGCCUCGGCGAGAGGUGGGACAAGCUGAUGCAGGAGGCUGAGGCCAGGUACGGCUGCCUGGAGCGGAUCCUGCCCGCAGCCCAGGGCUUCCAGGAGGCCGUAGACGCCUUCCAGGAGUGGCUCGGUGCCACAGAGCGGCAGCUGGCCCAGCUCUGGCGCGCUGACGGCUGCGUCGGCCGCGUGCAGGACGCCCACCAGCAGACCCAGGCCCUCUGUGAGGAGAUCCGUGGGUGGCUGGGAGAGCUGGAUGGUGCCCUGGAGAGCGGACAGCGGGUCCUGGAGAUGGUGACAGGGGAGGAGGCCCAGCUGACACAGGAGAAGAUGGAAUCGCUGAGGAUGAGGUACCUCAUCGUGGGCCAGAGCAGUGCUGACACCGCACACCGGCUGGGACAGACCCUGGAGGCCUCGUCUCGCCUGGGCACGGCCCCUGAGGACCUGGCACUGUGGCUGAGCCGCAUGGAGAAGGAGCUGGGCGAGCAGGAGAGCCAGCAGGAUGGCCAGGAGCCCUCAGUCACUGCCAGUGACAGGGAGAAGUUUGAGCAGGUCCUGGAGUCCCAGCUCAGCCGUGUGGCUGGGCUGGGUGAGCGACUGGAGGAGAUCGGCCGCGUGCAGCUGGAUGCCGAGGCUCUGCGCUCGCAGCUCUCCGAGCAGAAGCUGCUCUCCGCCGAGAUCCUGCACUGCCGGGGCCUGGUUGAGCGUCUGCUGAGCUUCUCGGAGCCGCUGCUGCGCUGCUGCCCCGAGCCCCUGCGGCAGCGCCUUCAGCCGUCCGUGCAGGCGCUGCGGGAGCGCACGGAGCAGCUCUCCCUGCGCAGCGGAGCCUGUGCCGUGCAGCUGGAGCACGCCCAGUCCCUGCUCACCCAGUUCUCCGAGGCCCUCGAGGAGCUGCUGCCCUGGCUGGAGGAGACGCAGGCCCUGGGCGUGCAGCUCUCCCCCAACGCCAUCAGCUACGAGGCCUUCAAGGAGCAGCAGGCGCUGCUGCAGAGCCUGCGGGAGGCCAUCGCCGAGCACCGGCCGCUGGUGGGGAAGCUGCAGCGCGUGUCGGCGCAGCUGCUGGAGCUGAGCCCGGAGCAGGGAGCCCCGUUCCAGCGGCGCUGGCAGGAGCUGGAGGAGCAGUACGGCCACAUCCGCGAGCGUGUGCGCCAGGCAGCGGCUCUGCUGGAGGAUGCCCUGCCGCGGUACAGCCAGCUGUCGGAGCGCAUGGAUCUGCUGCUGGAGUGCCUGGAGCGGCUGCAGAGCCGGCUGCAGAGCCAGCCCCCUGUCCGCGGCGACGCGGCCCACCUGCGGGAGCAGAUCCGGGAGAACAGCCUGGCCCUGGGCGAGCUGGAGAAGCUCGGGGUGGCCCUGGAGGGCAUCCGGGCGCAGGGCGAGGAGCUGCUGGCCACCAUGCAGGCGGUCAGCUCCGACGCCGCCGCCAGAGGGAUCCAGGAGCGCACGGCACAGCUGCUGGCACAGUGGGGCUGCCUCCGCGGCCGCUGCCAGGAGCGGGAGCGCUGGCUGCGGGAGCUGCUGGCGCUGGCCGAGCGCUUCUGGCACGGGCUGUCUGAGCUGGCCGUGGCGCUCGGUGACACCCAGCAGCUGGUGCUGGGGCUGGAGGAGGCCGGCGGCGAGCCCGAGGCCAUCCGCACGCGGCUGCGCACCAUGCAGGCACUGCGGGAGGAGAUCGACGCGCUGCAGGGUGAGCUGGACACGCUGGGCAGCCUGGGCGUGGAGCUGAUGGCCUCCUGCGGGGACCCCGACAAGCCCGACGUCACCAAGAGCCUGGACGAUCUCUACUCCUCCUGGCACAGCCUGAGCCGGGUGUGGACGGAGCGCAACGGGCGCCUCGAGGAGCAGCUCCAGGCCGCCCUCAGCUACCAGGACACCAUGCAGCGGCUGCUGGAGUGGCUGGACGCAGCCGAGCUGCGCAUCGCCGAGGAGUUCCUGGUCGGCGGGGACCUGGACAUGGUGCAGCAGCAGCUGGCGGAGCUCAAGGUGCCACCCUGUGCCACGCGGGGCCGUGGGGGCCGGGAGGGCGGAGAGGAAGGUGGGGUGACCCCGGCGCUCCGUCCCCAGGUGCUGCGGACAGACGUGAUGUCCCACGCGCGCACCGUGCAGUCGGUGACCGAGGCGGGGCAGGGGCUGCUGCUCUCCAGCCUGGGGGAGAGCGUGGAGGGGCUGCAGCGCAGCCUCCAGCAGCUGGGGCAGCGCUGGGACCUGGUGCGCAGCGAGACCGAGAGCCGGCAGCUGGAGCUGGAGAACAACCUGAGCCAGGUGCAGGACAUCACCCUGGAGAUCACCGAGCUGCUGCAGUGGCUGGAGCAGGUGGAGCUGCAGCUCUUCUGCUCCAAGCCGGCCUGGGGCCACCCGGAUGCCACCAAAGAGAAGCUCAACGCGCACCUGGAGCUGUGCCGGGAGCUGGAGGCGCGGGCCGUGAGCUACCGGGGUCUGCGGGAGCGGCUGCAGCGGCUGCUGGACUCGUGCCGCGCGGGCCGGCCCUGCAGCACCGAGCACAGCCUGCGGCUCCUGGAGCAGAAGUGGGAGAGCGUCCAGGCCGAGGCCCAGGAGAGGAAGGAGCGCCUGGCCGAGGGGCUGACCGUCACCACCGAGUUCCACGGCUCCGCGCAGGAGCUGCUGCGCUGGGUGGCCCACGCCGAGGAGCUGCUGGGGUCCCCCGCGCCCCCCAGCUUCGUCCUCGACACCGUCACCGCCCAGAUCCAGGAGCACAAGGCAAGAGCGGGCGGGGCCGGCGCCCUGCGCUCGGGGCCGGUUCGUGGAGCUGGGUCUGCCCGAGGGCUCCUGCGUGGCCCCUGCAGGGAUCUGCUGCGAGUGGGAUGUCUGUGCUCCGUGCCCAGCCCAGCGUGUGCCUGCCAUGGUCUCCUGGCCAUGGUGGCACCCCCAGG